CACACACCAGAAUAGGGAAACCGUCAUUUUCCUACUCGCCCUCUGACAUCAGCCACCUCCUGAGUCGCUGCAUUGUCUGUGCUCAACUUAAUCUCUGGCGAUGAAAAAUGAGCCUCUCCUCCACCCAUGCUGCUGCCUUGUGCCUCACGCCCCCGGAGAAGAGUUUCUUUGCAAGGCAGCCGGUGAAGGUUUUUUUCCAAGUCACGUGAUCCAGGAUUCAGGGGAGAAUCCUUCUUGGAACCCAGAUGGGCCCAGAACCGAAGCAGAUGAGGAGCGAUAAGGUGUGAUGCGGGGAAGACUAUAUAAGAAUGGGCCCCGGGCUGCAGCGAGCACUCCACCGAGUGGCCCCUUCUCAAGACACAGCCAUGCACGAGCCGGCAGGCUCCGUCACCGGCCACUGGGGGACCACGAGCCGAAGUUACUUCUGCUUCACCACGGCCACCCUGGCUGUAUGUCUCAUCUUCGCUGUGGCGACCAUCAUGGUGCUGGUGAUUCAGAAGUCGGACUCCAUUCCAACUCCCCCAGGAAAAUUCCCCCUUAAAGGAGGAGAUUGCUCAGAGGACAUCUUAUGUAUCCUGCAAAGGGCUCCUUUCAAGAAGUCAUGGGCCUACCUCCAAGUGUCAAAACACUUAAACAAAACCAAGUUGUCUUGGAACCAAGAUGGCAUUGUCCAUGGACUCAGAUAUCAGGAUGGAAACCUGGUGAUCCAGUUCCCAGGUUGGUACUUCAUUAUUUGCCAACUGCAGUUUCUGGUGGAAUGCCCAGAACAUUCUGUCGACCUAACAUUGGAACUACUUAUCAACCAAAAUAUCACAAGGCAGACUUUGGUGACAGUAUGCGAGUCUGGAGUGCAAACCAAAAACAUAUACCAGAACCUCUCUCAGUUCCUGCUGGAGCACCUCCAGGUCAAUACCACCAUCUCAGUCAGGGUGGAUAAGUUCCAGUAUGUGGAUACAAAUACCUUUCCUCUUGAGAAUGUACUGUCCAUCUUCUUAUACAGUAGUUCAGAGUGAACCCUUUCUCCUGGCCUCUACCAUAUAGCACCUCAUCCAUCCAAACACUUGAGCAAAAAGGAAACUAGACCAACACUGAAACCACAAAGGGUAUUAUAUAGUAUGUUUCUCCUUCUGACUCUUGGGAAGACACAGCUCCAGGGAU